ACAAGAUCAGGAACCAGUCCUUCUCCUAGCAUUAACAUGUACUGGUAGCGAGUGCAGUGGCACACUCGCACUGGGCAAUGGCUGCAGUCACAAAAAGAAAGGAGCAGUCAGCUGCUCCUGCUCGUACUGCCCUUCUCGAUGAGGUGAGUUGGCUGCCAGUGUGUGCUGUAUCUUGUAUGGCUGUACUGUACCCCUCCUCUCCCUAACCUUUUGCCUCCUUGCCCCCUCACCACCUCCACCCCGUCACCCCCUCCCCCUCCCACAACUUCUUGUGAGUCCCUUGCUGCUGUUGCUGCUGCUUGCUUACUUGCUUCUUUCCUCUAUGGCUCUAUGCACUGGUUGGAGACUUGGAGUGGUUGCUAGUAUUCUCUCCACUUGCUCCUCUCACUCUGCUCCCCUCCAUGUUCUUAUUGUUUUCUUGGUUCUUCUGGCUUGAAGCCUCACCUGGGGAAAAGCUACCAUUUUGCCUUGCUAUUCUUGGUGCUGAUUCUGUGGUGUAAAGGUGGCAGUUUGAGCUAUCUUUUGAAGAAAUCCCGGCGGAAGAUUACUCCGUUGCUGCGGUUUCGCGGCAAAGGUGGCCUCUUGCCGCGUCCGCGGCACUGGAUUGCGGUGGAAGAGGGCGACGUCGUGAAGAAAUCUUUGCUGCGGGAUCAAUCGCUCUGCUCCCGCUUGCUUUUAGGGCGGUUGGCGGUGCUGCCUUUUGUAGUAAAGGUGGGAUCUUGCUGCCGGUGGCGGUGGCAUUGCUGGAUCGAGAAAUCUUCGACGGCAACCUGCGUAUCUGCACGACCGAUCUGCGCGCGGUCGGUCAUCUCUUCGCCGGCAUAGCGGGGCGAGCUCGCCGGACGGUUUCGAUUGCUGCGGCGAGGAGAGCAGAGGAGUGGAGCUUUGCGCUGUGAUCUGAGCGGGCUACACGCCAGGUGUUCGCUGAAAAGGGCGAGCGAGCCAUGAGGGACUUCCCGUCCUGCUUCGGGGAGAGCGGCGUCCAGAUCGCGGACGCGUCGUCGUCGUCGUCGAGCGCCGGCAAGGGUGCGGCGCAGAAUCUGGUGACGUGCCUCUACCAGACGCAGUUCUCGGGCCGGCCCUGCGUGAUCUCGGUCACGUGGAGCAAGAGUCUCUUGGGGCAGGGCCUCAGCAUCGGCGUGGACGACCUGUCCGGCCAGUGCCUGUGCAAGGCGGACAUCAAGCCGUGGCUCUUCUCCAAGAAGAAGGGGUCUAAGAGCCUCGACGUCGUGGACGGCAAGAUUGAGAUCUUCUGGGACCUGUCGGGCGCCAAGUUCGGUUCUGGGCCUGAACCAUUGGAGGGGUUCUAUGUCGCAGUGGUGUUCGACCUUGAGCUCGUGCUCUUGCUCGGCGACAUGAAGAAGGACGCGUACCGGAAGACGGGCGCUAACCGGCCGAUGCUGAAUGCCGCAUUUGUGGCGAGGAGGGAGCACGUAUAUGGCAAGAAGAUUUACUCUGCAAAGGCGCAAUUCUGCGAUAAUGGCCAGUUCCAUGACAUUGUCAUAGAGUGUGAUACCGUCGGCUUCAAGGAUCCAUGUCUUGAGAUACGGGUAGAUAAGAAGCCCGUGAUGCAGGUGAAGCGGUUGGCGUGGAAGUUUAGGGGAAAUCAAACAAUUCUUGUCGAUGGCUUGCCUGUGGAGGUGUUCUGGGAUGUCCACAGUUGGUUGUUUGGGUCGACGGCGAGCAAUGCGGUGUUCAUGUUUCAGACAUGCCAGGCACCUGAGAAGUCGAUGCCAUGGUCAUACUCGCAGAUUUUUAGGGAUUCCCAGUUGCAAGGUCUUGGUUUCUCGCUCAUCCUGCAUGCAUGGAAGGUUGAAUAGGUUUUUGCAGGAUCACAGUUUGCUUCUGCACCUGCCUCCUUUCUUAAUGCUAACAAAAAUAUGUUUUGUUCAGUGUCUGUUCAUUGGAAUGUUAUGGAGGCUCUCCAAUAUAUGUUCUUUCAUUUCAUUUUUUGUUUUGCCAUCUUUUAUAAACUCUUUGUUUGAAUAGUCGGCAAGAUUAUGUGCUAUCCCAGUGACUUUGUGA